AUGCCAAACGGCCAUCGCCAACCCCCUCUUCACAAUGGCCCCGCCCAUCCUCCUGCCCACCAUCACCGCUCUCCUGUCUCCCAGUCCACAAAGCAGCCCGUCACCGUCCUCGGCAUCCCCUCCGUGUCCGUUCACGACAACCAGCUCCUCAUCGGCAACGCGCAGAGCACGUCGGCGCGCUCGUACACGCCGCUCAAGGUCGUCGGCGACGGCUCUUUUGGCACUGUCUGGCUCUGCGACUGGCAUGGGACGCUACCGCCCAACACACCCGUGUCCACCAUGCAGUGCGGCGCUGGCGCACGCCCGGAGUACGCGGGGAAGAGACUCGUCGCUGUUAAGCGGAUGAAGAAGAGGUGGGAAGGCGGAUGGGAUGAGUGCAAGAAGCUCAAAGAGCUCGAGUCUUUGCGUGCAAUACCGUACCAUCCCCAUAUAAUACCCCUAUACGACUUCUUCCUCCUCCCCGACACCAAGGAGCUCUACUUCGUUUUCGAGUCCAUGGAGGGCAACUUGUACCAGCUCAUCAAGACACGAAAAGGCAAGCCUUUGGCAGGCGGGCUCGUCUCCUCCAUUUUUCGCCAGGUCGUAUCUGGCCUUCAUCAUAUUCAUGCGUCUGGCUACUUUCAUCGCGAUAUGAAGCCAGAGAAUCUACUCGUCACCACAACGGGGCUAUACGAUUACCGGCCUUUGUCGCCCGUCGCCCCACCCGAUGCACCACCUGAACGGGAUGUGGUUGUGAUAGUGAAGCUUGCGGACUUUGGAUUGGCAAGGGAGACAAGGAGCAAACCACCGUAUACUGAGUACGUUUCGACCAGGUGGUAUCGCGCCCCGGAAGUGUUGCUCAAAAGUAGGGAUUAUUCUAAUCCCGUGGAUAUGUGGGCGCUUGGUACAAUCAUGGCCGAACUCGUUAACUUGAGACCAUUGUUCCCUGGUCAAGGCGAGAUGGAUCAGAUUUUGCGGAUAUGUGAGUUGCUUGGGGAUCCUUGUAAUGACUAUGGCGUAGAUCAACGAGGAAAGCCGGUCGGCGGAGGAAAGUGGUCCAAAGGUGUCAAGAUGGCAAAAGCGGUUGGGUUCGCGUUUCCCAAGAUUCAUCCACAAAAUAUCUUUUCACUCUUCGACGCAGCAGUCCCGGUCAAGUUGAUCGAGUGUAUAUCGGACCUUCUAAAGUACGAUCCCGAUGCGCGACUCACAAGCCGUCAAUGCCUCGAGCACCCAUACCUGCUUGAGACGACGCCUUUGAACAGCCCUCCGAGCCCCCCCACUCAACCCGUCCAAACGCCGGCGACAGCACUACUGGGCUCCAAAAAUAUGCACAGAAACGGUAUCCCUCCCGACACAUCCCUUCAUUCUAUCUCGCCUCGCAAUCUCCCCCCCUCUCAUACGCAUACAUCCGUCAACCACAAGCCCGAGCUUCCCAUACCGCAUAUACCGGACGUUUCCUCUUCGCAUAGGUCAUCUUUCUAUGAUAUCACGGAGCGACCGCGGGUGGUAUCUGAGUCUUCGUCAAGAACUUCAGAAUAUAGGAACGGCUACCCCACCUCCGGUGUGCCUGUAGAUGUUAUGCCUCUACCACCAGACGGUUCUGCCUAUGGGUCGUCUAUCUAUUCACUCGGCGGCGAUCGCAUCUCGCACUCGCUAUAUGCGUCAAGUGGUCCAGGUGACUGGGAUGCUAUGGACGUGUCGCCUCAAGGAGAGACUCAUCCAGACCACUAUAUUGUAUCUGCGAACCAAACGACGGAAAUCCAGACCUCGCCGAUGGCGCGCGAGUAUCCUUCACGCCCUGUCGAUCCGGAGCCGAUACAGGAGCACGCCCAGGACCUUCCUCCGUCGCACGGGCCCAAGCUUGGCAAGCUGGGUCCCUUUGGCUUCGGCAAGAAGACCAGCAAAUGGGGUCUUGGCAUGUUUGGGCAUGGAGACAAGGGGGCGCAGUCACUGCCUCCUGUCCAGGAGGUCAAUGUAGCAUCUGCAGGUUCCACACCGUCGCUUAAGCGCACGCAGUCAUCUAGUACCGACAGCCGCUCUCUCCCCGAGGCAUCGCCCAUGCAAGAGUCUCAACCCCCUAUCAUGGAUGCCAAGGCGCGAAAGAAGGAGGCCACGCGCAUAGCGCGUGAGGCAGAGAAACAACGCCGUCAGCUUGCGGAGCGGAUGCAUCGUGAGCAGGCGCGAGCGGUCAUGGAGAAGCAAAGGCGGCUCCUCGAUAAUGAGGAGGUUGCUGGCCAAGGCGUUCAAUGGCAGUGGAUGUCUGCGCACAGUGCUCUCAUGGGCGCGCCGCCUCCGAUGCCUCGUGAGAAAGGCAAGCAGACGUCGGCAACAGGGCCUAUCAGGCAGACACAGAGCUAUGGCACGACCUCCAAGACUGUCAAGGCCGCCGGCGGAAACUUCAAACCCGGCCAGAGCUCUAUGUCUCGCGUGGAUUGGCGGUCUGAUAGCGAACGGGUGGCCAAGGCGCGGCGGAGAGACUUUGACGAUGACCACUCGAUGUCUUCCUCUGACUUGCCGCCUAGCGGGAUGUCUGUCAUCUCGUUUGCUACGGUGGAUAGCGAUCCUGGCCCUGCGCGUGCGCGACAUCGCCCGAGCGUAUACAGCAGCAUGGGCCGGAUGGCAUCCAUGAACUCAUUGCGACCCGCGCUGGAUGAUUUCUCGGGCCGGGGGCGGUCAUCAGCAUCGCUGUCGUUGGAGCAGCAGCUGGUCAACGACUUCCAUCUACGCGCGUCGGUUGAUUCGUCAUCACUGUCAGAUGGCGGGUCGCCGCCGCCGCCGCCAAUGCAUAUGCUGUCACUGUCGUCUCCAACGUGGCAACAUGCUGAUCGGUCACCCGGGUCUAGCGUCAUCGACGGAGGGAGCGUAUCCCGGCAUCCUCCAGAUAUCGCCAAACUGACCAUUCCUCAAGCACCUCGACAUCCUAGCCAGUUGGGUGGACCCUACGGUCACCCGCCAAGUCCAGGUGUCGCGCCGAAAUCCGCUAUCAAUCCGAUCUUCAAAGUCGUGAGUAGAGUUACCAUGGCAAGCGUUGCCCCACAUUCUGAUAUUGUUUUCAGCCACCAUUACAGGGUUUAG